AUGGUCAGUAUUGACAUAGCAUUUAGGAUUAUCUUCAUCUUUCAGACUGGAGUUGGGGCCCUUGGAAACUCCAUCAUCCUGGGCCUUAACAUCCUCACUUUUCUCACUGGACACAGGCUGAAGUCUAUAGAUUUGCUGAUCACCCACUUAGCCUUUGUCAAUAACGUGGUGCUCCUCUCCAAAGGGAUACCCCAGACAAUGGCUGCUUUUGGAGUCAAGAAUUUCUUGAAUGAUAAUAGCUGUAAACUUAUUUUUUACCUUCACAGAGUAGCCAGGAGUCUUUCUCUCUGUACCACCUGCCUCUUGAGUGCCUUCCAGACCAUUAUCAUCAAUUGCAAAAGCAUCAAAAUGGCAAACUUCAGAUCUAGAAUGCCAAAAUUAAGUGUCCUCUUCUGUUUCCUCUGCUGGGCACUCAGUCUACUAAUAAAUAGCAAUAUCCUUGUUUAUAUUAAAGGUUCAACAGAGUCUAGAAAUGCUACUGAGAGAGGGGAGUUGAUUUAUUGUUCAUCAUUUCAUGUCUCAAGUCACAUUCCAGUAUUUUUAAUCAUGACUUCUGUUCUUGAUAUUGUGUGCAUGGGAAUCAUGGUGUGGACCAGUGGAUCUUUGGUGCUUAUUCUAUACAGACACCACCAGCAAAUCCAGUACAUUCAUUGCAAACAUUUCACACCUGGAUAUGCUCCUGAGAUCAGAGCUACUCAAGCUAUACUGUUAUUGGUCAGCAUGUUUGUCUCCUUUUACAUGUUCAACUGUAUCAUGACAUGUUAUAUUAGAUUUUUUAAUUCAAGUCCCUGGUUUGUGCAUACUUCUGUGUUCCUGUCUGCUUGUUUCCCUGCUUGUAGCCCCUUUGUCUUGAUCAUGGGUAAUUCCCAAAUUCUCAAAGACUGCAUAGCUUCCUGGAAGAGAAUAAAGCCCCCAUCUUAA